UCUACACCCACAGUUACGCACGGACGUACCCACGCAUUCACGCACACACACCCUGCGCGUGCCCUGCAGAUAGAGCCGUUCAUCCAGACGGUGGAGGAUCAUUUCUGAACUGCUGCUGGUACCGUCGCCAUGUCUCUGCCCGCCGCCUCCCGCCUGCUGAGGAGCGCGCUCCGGACCCAGCUCCACGCCGCCAACGUCGCCACCAAACCCGCCAAACACCCUGUGUCCACCGGGGAGCAGGCUUUUGCUAUGACAAUCCUGUUCACGGCCAUCCUGGGUCCGUCUGGCUGGGUCCUGGCCCACCUGGAGGACUACAAACAGAAGAAGUAAGAGGAGGAAGAGGAGGGGGGGGGGAUCAUUCCGGCCCAAAUGAAGAAGCAGACCUGAUGGCUAGUCUGCCCUCCAUCCGUCAUCCACGUCUCCUCCAGCUGCUGGGACGUGAUGCUGUUUUUGUUUUCUGAUUUGUUCUGCACUUCUGACCUGUGAACAUGUUCAUCUGUGAACCUGAUAACCUCUAAUCAAUAAACACACCUUCAGUACCAA